AUGUUUCCUAUCUUUAUUUGGCUUCUUUCAUUCGCUAUUGCGCAUCCACAAUAUCCAUCAGUCGAUUGGAAUUCCGUUCAUCGAAGUUUAUCCAACACUGACACUGUAUAUAUGGCGCAAUGCGCUUCUUCAUCGUGUACAACUAUUUUUGGUUCAUUCCGUGGUAAUAUUUCAAAUAACGUCUGCUUUUGUCAAUGUGGAAAAGAAUAUCCGUCUUUUUUACCAUCCGCGAAAAGUUGUAUCAAAAAACUUGAUGAAUGCAAACAUCAAAUAACAUUCAGUGUUUAUGACCAACGUUCCAAAUGGAUUCCAACAUUAACGAUUCCAGCAACUAAUAAUAUAUUUGGAUCGUCGAAUAAAAUUCUCUGGAAUGAAAGUGGAGUAAAUGAAAAAGUGAGUGGCACAGUGAAAUGUGUUAUUAGCAAUAUGUUUAUGCAAAGUGACAAUCGUUGGACGGCUGUGGAUCACAAACGUCUUUUUUCAUUUGUUGUUUUUAAUAAAUCAACUUAUCUAAAGUGGGAUGGAAAUGAAUUGGAUGCACAAAAAUUAGAAGGUACCAUAGUUCAAUUGAAAUUGAUCUGCCAUGGAAUUAAUAAUUCACUAUGCUUGUCGUUUAGGAUUGCUGGAGUACAAACGAACAAAAAUUCAUUAUUUCCAAUAAAUGAGCGAAGAUGGGAUCGAAUUGAACUUACGGUUUGUUUUUUUCUUGGAGUCGUUCUUGCUUUCACUAUUCUUGGUAGUGUUGCAUUGUGGAAUGUUUGUUGGAGAAUUCAAAAAAGCAAACUGAUUUCGGGCAUGCAAAUGCAAUUCUUUUAUUACAUUAAGCAACAACAGUUGCAUAUAAGCGAACAACUUGCUGCAAUACGAGCAAAUGCCGAACAACGUAUAAUGCGUAGUAAUAUUAUCGAUGAACGCGCACAUCCAAGUCUGGGAAUUCAGAAAAGAAAAUUGUAUUUUAGUGCAGACUUUUUUGAACCCGAAAUGUUGGCUAAUCCUCCACAACUAGCGCAACAAUUCGUUACCGAAUUACGUAAAAUGAUUGACAUCGCUCGAGAAAGAAUCAAAUCGAAACGCCACGUACCCAAAUUAGAAACAAUAACGGAAAAUCAAACUGAAGAAGACUAUUUAAAUGUUCCCAAAUUAAUGAAAUCUCUUGGAAGUGCGAAGUGCAAAAAUGACGAACAAUCAACGGGAUUGAAUAAUUUGCUGAAUUCUGAUAAUAAUUUGAUGGCUUCAAGAUGUGAUGAACCAUCGCCUAAAUCUAUAAAAUCGACAGAUUCUGGUUGUGAUUCGAUGAGUGAUGAAGAUUUACAAAUGCAGUCGAACACUUCCGAUAAUAAUUUUAUCAAUGAAAUAGAUCGAAUAGAAACAGAUCAGUCACUGAAACAAAAAAUUUUAUCGCCUCAAUUUGCUAAAUCACCUCCAUUAGAGGAAAUUUCUUCAUUUUCACGCAUACCAGUCAAUUCGUCAUCACGAAUGAUUUCAUUAACCUUACCAGUACUUUUAGAUCCUUUAAAGCCAAUGCAUCUAAAUACGAAUUCGAAUGCAUCACCAAUUAUCACGACUGAUGCAAACAUCAAAUAUGCGGGGAAAGAAACAGUUACCGAAGAGGCACCACCAUUAUUUUCGCGAAAACCUUCAAAACUAGAACCUCCGAAAAUUGUUCCUCAUGCAUCUCUGCACGACGCAAAUCAUUCACUGCCCACAAUUCCAAAAGAUAACUUAGUUCCAAAUAAAAGGAAGACCUAUGCAGUGUUUCCUAGCGAUUCGAUGCUUAAAAAAUCUUUGCCUCGGCGUGCUAAAAAAUAUUCACCUCGCAUUAUUGAAGCAUCAUUACCUAUCGAAGAUUCAAUAUAG